AUGUUUACUCCAACUUGUGAGGUUUUACUUAAAAUUAUUGAGGAGGCGACUGGUUCAAUCAAAGGAGAUGCAAAUUCAACAUAUGAGACUAUUACUACAUUUGAUUUCAUUUUUAUUUUGCAUCUUGAGAAAGAAAUAACGAAGAUCACUGAUUUACUUUUUCAAGCUCUACAAAGACAAACUCAAGAUAUUUGUAAUGCAUUGAGGCUAGUUGCAUCCACUAAAAUGUUGUUGCAAAAAAUGAAAGGUGAAAGAUGGAGUGAUUUUCUCUCUCUUGAUAGGUCAUUUUGUGAGCUACGCAACAUUGGCAUCCCUCAUUUAUCUUCACCUUAUUUUAGUAGAGAGUCUCAAGCUCGUAAUGAGCAUAACGAUCAUACACUUGAACAUCAUUAUCGUGUGGAUAUAUUUUGCGAAACAACUAAUUGUCAACUAACGGAGUUAGAUAAUUGGUUCAAUGAUAGCUCAAUGGAGUUGCUUCAACUUUCAACAACUUUAGAUCCUAAAAAUGCUUAUGAGCCUUUUCGAAGUGAUGAUGUGUGUCAAUUAGCAGAGAAGUUUUAUCCUGAAGUUUUCAAUGACCACGAGAAAGUACUUUUAAAGUUGCAACUUCAACAUUACAAAGUUGAUGUCAUUCAAUAUACAGAUUAUAAACAGUUGACAUCUAUUUCAGAAUUGUGCCAAUGGUUGAUAAAAACUAGAAGAGUAACAAAUUUUAGUCUAAUUUAUCGAGUAGCUAGUCGCAUACUUACUCUUCCGGUUUCAACUGCUAAAACAGAGAUGUGA